AUGUUUGGGUUCCGUUCUAGGAUAGGUUAUCAGAGCAUUGAAGAUGAAAGUACUGAAUCUCGAAUAUAUUCUACUGACAACGAGCAGACACUUUUGAUUCCCAGAAACAGUGUACUGGAAGAUGAUGGACCAUCGGAAGUAUAUGGUAGUCCACCAUUGGAACACGAUAUCGCAGCGAAUGAAGUAGGUGGAACCGUUGAAUGUCAUGCUGCUACGAGUUCUGGUAUUUUAUGGGAUGGAGUAGAAAAUUUAGAUCAGUUUUUCACUCGAGUUUAUGAGUAUCAUCAAAAUGGUGGAUAUCUUUGUAUAGUUAUUAAGCAUAUUCUUACCUUAUUUCAAUUCAUAUUUGUGGUUUGGUUUGUUACAUUUUUACUAGUACGCGUGGAUUAUGAUGUUUUGUUCAAGAAUAAGAAUAUCUCUGCAGAGGGAAAGCCAAUUGGUGGGAAAAUUCGACUUGAAGAUGUCAUAUAUCCGGAUUGGAGUCAUAUUGGUGGUUUCACACUAUGUUUGCUGGUUUUUGCCGUUUUAUUUUGGAUUUUCCGGGCUGCACGGGUUUUUUAUCAAAUUUAUCAGUUUAGCGAAAUACGUACUUUUUACCAUUCAGCGUUGGGAAUUGAGGAUACAUUAUUGAGUGACCUUAAAUGGCAGGAAGUUGUGCAGCUUAUAUGCGAGAAGCAGCCAUCCAUACAUUUAAUUUUAAAUAAAGAUGGUAUUACUGCUUUGGAUCUUUAUCAACGUAUUUUGAGGCAUAAGAAUUAUUUUGUCGCCCUUAUCAAUAAGGAAAUACUGCCACCAGUAAUCAAUGUGCCUUUCAUUGGUUCAAUGCCAUAUUUACCGAACGGUUUGAAAAUGAAUCUGGAAUGGCUGUUAUUUUAUGGAGUAUGGUCGCCGUGGAAGGGACCGUAUGAACUUAAGGAAGAGUACAAACAUCCACAGAAUAUUUUCAGGCUUGCGGAUGAGUUAGAUUCGGCUAUAUUGAAAAUGGCUAUUGGCAAUUUUAUUUUUUUUCCACUUGUAUUCGUAUAUCAAGUAUUAUAUUUCUUUUUUACUUAUGGUGAGCUACUAAAGCGAGAUCCGGGAUCAUUUGCUAUGCGUAGGUAUUCAAAUUACGGAAGGAAUAAGUUACGACAUUUCAACGAGUUAGACCAUGAAUUACGAAUACGUCUUUCAAAAAGCCAUCGGGCAGCAACCCAAUAUAUGGAACAAUUUCUUUCACCGCUUGGGCAGGUUAUAGCUAGAAAAAUGCAAUUCGUUGCAAGUGCAAUCUGCAUAGUUUUGCUUUUGUUGGGUCUAUGGGAUGAAGAUGUAUUGUCGGUUGAACACGUUCUGACGAUUAUAUCUUUAUGUGGUUUGAUUGCUGUCGCAUGUCAGUCACUCAUUGGAGAUGAAAAUAUGAUUUAUUGGCCUGAAACAUUGCUAAAUAUGGUGAUUGCACACAUACAUUAUGCGCCAGACUCAUGGAAAGGGAAAGCUCAUACAGAUACGGUUCGGAGAGAAUUUGGGCAUUUGUUCGAACUAAAGGCGAAAUUUUUACUUGAGGAACUUUUGAGUCCAGUUUUAACUCCAUUUGUUCUACUGUUUUGGAUUCGUCCCAAAGCGAAAGAGUUUGUGGAUUUUUUCCACAAUUUUACGGUUUCUGUAGAAGGCCUCGGUGAUGUUUGCUCAUUUGCGCAGAUGGAUAUCAGACAGCACGGCGAUCCAAAUUGGAGUUUUGAUGAGGUUACGAAACAAGAAAUUUUAAAUAUGCAUGGACGAGUUCAUGCUAACGAUGGAAAAACAGAAUUAUCUUUGAUACAUUUUGCUAGCAAUCAUCCAGAGUGGAAGCCACCACCUCGUGCUGCUCGUUUUCUUGAUGAUAUACGAAGCCGGAUGACACAAGAUAUUAAUACACUGAAAGAUGGUGUUGUUAUGGAUGAUAACAUAUUAUUGAAUAGUCUACAUUCUUUCAACUUCAAUACUGACCAGCAACUUAGGAGAUUUAUAGGUGGACAACCAUCUUUUGUAUCCUUCCGUAAUCCUGAUUUGUUUAGUGGUGCAGCAAAUAUGUCUUUGCAUGGUGAAAGAAAAAAUCAUAUUGGUGAUAUGGUACUUACAUCACAGACGACCGCAUUAAGUAUUGUAUAUCUGCGUAAUUUACAUGCUAAUUACGAUAAUCGUCGCCUUGAAAUAGUAUCAUCUCCGACAACUAUGGCUUGUCGUCAUGUUGCGCAAAUCUCUCCGAUUUCUCCAACUGUAGCACCAAUAGUAGUCGAAACUACAGUACGAGGUUCAGAUACAGUGGUCGAAGCAGCGGGCAGUGUUUGGGGUGUACCAGCACAAAGUGCAAUUUCACCUCUUCAAGCUUCGCUUUCACCUCGAAGCGACGAUGAACAGCUACAACAGGAAAUAACUGGUGAUGAACAAUCACCUCCUGGACUGUCACAUAAUAUUUUGAAUGUUUGA